GCUUCAAGUGCUGAUGCUGAAAAUGGUUUUAGUUUGAUGAAUUCUAUUAAAACCAAAUCACGGAACAGACUUGAAAUAAACCAUCUGGACAUGUUAAUUCGAAUAAAGUUUUAUUUAUUGAGUGAGCAUCAAGUUGACAUUGAUGAAGUUUAUCAAUUCUGGAUAACCAGCAAGUGCAGAAGAGAAACUAGUGAACAAAAUUGA